AUGUGCUAUUUUACGUUUGAUUUGAAAAUGAAAAAAAUUGGUUAUAUUUUCAUAUAUGUAGCGUUUAUUAAUGUGCCAAGGGCAAAAUGCUCUAUACCCGGCACGUUUUUUUGGAAACCCCGUUUGGGUCUCGACUUAGCCGUUCCUACAACAGAGUUUAAGUUGAAUGUAAAUUUACGAACAAGAGAAAAUAUAGAAGAAGGCUUAGUUGUUCUCAUUGACGGAUAUCAAAUGGGCCUUUCUGUUAUAAGUAUUGCUUCUGGAGCAUCCAACAUCAAUGCACAAACCCCACAUUUUGAUCCAACAUCAGCAGCUUUCACCACCAAUUUUUACAGAUGGGCGUUAAGAUAUUUUAGCAGUAUUCCUUAUUGGAUUGGAGGAAAAGGAGGAAACUUCUGCGAUACCCUCAAACUCUGGCGCAGGAGAUUCUAUUAUAUGGAUGAACAGGAAAAAAGGUGCACCUCUCUUCCCUGA